CGACAGACACAGUGCCACGUAAGCAGUGCCACGUCAGCAGUGCCACAUCAGACAGUGCCACGUCAGACACAGUGCCACGUCAGACACAGUGCCACGUCAGCAGUGCCACGUCAGCAACAUGACGGGCCUGCCAGGCCAACUGGCCAAUGAGCCCAUUGCCGACUACAAAAAGCGAUUCCAGGCUCAGCUCGCUGUCAUCGAGGCUGAGGAACAAUGCCAGCUGGCAGCCAAGGCUGCCCAGCUACAGGCUGAAGAAGCGGCAACAGCAGAGAAGCUGCGGCUACAGGCCGAAGCAGACGCAGAUGCCCAGGCUCGCCACAAGGAAGCCCAGGAUCUGCUGCAGCGGCAUGAAGCCACAAGCAUCGAAAGACUCAAGUUCUGGCACUUUGAACCAAAUGGCGACGACGGAACACUGGAAGAGCAGCAUAAGGAGUUCCUCUCCAAACUCGUGACACGGUUGUUGUAUGCUUGCAACUACCAACGGUCCGAGUUGGAGAGACAGAACCAGGAACUGCAGCAACAGUACCAGGAUCUGAAGACGCAGCACCACGAGUUGGCGAACCUCCGCCGGAUGGUGCAGAGCCACGAGGAUGCAACACGGGCACUCAAUUCCCGUGUACUGGACCUGGAACAGGCUGUACCAGGACCAGAUGAUGGGGCUUCCAGCAGUGCACCCUCUAGCCGCCAACCGGAGGAACGCGUUGACCACGUAGUGGCAAUGCUGGGCGACAUCAGCACCUUCGCAGCGCCGACCACCAUCAGCAGCCAGCUAGACACGCUGAAGACCGAGGUCCAACAACUGCAGUCGACGAACUCGGAUGGCAAUCCUAAGCAAUACAAGAUGCCAACUUUUCAACUGGAGAAGUUCGACGACUACACGCAUCAGGAUCUGGUCCUGUGGUGGGAAGCUUUCACGACGCAACUGCGGAUUCUGCCUGUCGCCAAGCACGCGUACAUCAGCGCCCUGUUCAUGAACUCAAAGGGCGGAUGCCAGAUCUGGUUGACUCACCUCGCAGCCACCCACAGCGUCGACGUCGCCGAUCUGAAGGACAAGAUCACAUGGGAAGAGUUAACACGACUGUGGAAGAAGCGGUUGAUCGUCGACGACGCACCAGCACUAGCCAUCAACCGUCUCUUCGCCAUGUCUCAGGGCAACACAGCAACACGUGACUGGCUCACGGAAUGGCAGAAGAUCGCGGCAGUGCCCGAUCUGGACUUACCAUUCAUGCAUCUACGCCGUGAGUUCUAUAACAGGUCAUGCGCUGCGCUGAGCCAGGCACUUGGUGAUCGCGAGCAAUACACCACCUUCGCUGAGAUCAUUGAUAAGGCAAGGGAGAUCAUCAAGACCAACAGGGCGGCUGCACACGAGAAGUCCACGUGGCAGCCAACCUAUGUGGAGAAGGUAAGAACUGGUCCGCGACAGCAGCAGUUUGCUGCAGUCCAAUCGGACAGUGGAGAAGACCCAGCAGCCACUCCAGCGUCACGUGAGGGAGAUCAGGUGGCUGCUAUCCAGCCUCGAAGCAACAAGCCCCGAGUGAACGGGAAGGCGAAACCAGCAUCGCAGGCCGGAAACGAACAGCCAGCACCACCAUGGGUCAAGUUCGGCUUGACCGAGGCCGAGUACAAGUACCGCAACCAUUACGGCUGCUAUUCGGCCGCCUUGCUAGCGGCCUCCUACACAUCUGGGGAGGAUGCGCAUGUCGCAAGUCCUCGGUACACUUACGAGUAUUAUGCUGUCCACUUGGUCCCACCGCUGGACCAACCGCUAGACCAACCGCUCCACGUGCAACACUCUACCGCAUGCACGGUUUCAUCACCAUCGGCAACCGAUUCGGCAGCUUCGUCGUCAUCUACCGCCGGGGAUUCAACGUCAUGGUCAAGACUUGAAGAGCUCGACCCGUUGACUUUUGAGGACUUCCAAUGGAUGCCCCUGCCCCAGUCUGGUCGAUUGCCGAAACCGCAUUGCAACGUGCUCAAAGCACAAUUGCGGGAUUACUUGCACACUGCAGUAUCGACUCCGUUGAUGGACGUCGGAGUAGAGGUUGUCGACCUUCACGCCUACAUUGCGAAGAUCGACCGCGAGUUCAAGACACAACGGUACGGCGACAUCAACGCACCAUUGCUAUAUGUAUGCAUUCAGAUCGGAGAGGCGACCUGCAACGCUUUGAUUGAUUGCGGAGCAUCUCACAACUACAUGAGUCAGGACUUCAUGGUACGCGCCGGCCUUGGCCCACGAGUCCGAAGGAAGUCCCAGCCCACGCAAGUCACAUUGGCGGAUGGUCACACGCACAAGUCAACCGACCGGUGCAUUGACGACGUCCCAAUGUACUUUGCCCCUCACGCAAGUGAGGCGGUGUCCUUUGACAUUCUGGACACCAAAUUUGACAUGAUCUUGGGCAUGUCAUGGCUGCGAAGCGAGGACCACCCAGUGAACUUCUACUGCCGCACCAUUCACAUUCGUGAUCGGAACGGAGUACUAGUCCCAUGCACGGUAGCUCCUCCUCACCCUGCAGUCAGCUGUCACGUGGUAUCCGCCGCAAGCAUGCGAGCUUCCAUCAUCAGAGACGACAUCGAGGAGAUGGGGGUGUGUUUUCUCCACGCCCUCCCACCCCAAGACGCGUCAUCGACGGACUCAUCUUCGGAUCCACGCAUCACCGAACUUCUCGACGCCUACAGCGACGUGUUCGAAGGCCCGCACGGACCGGAGUUUGGAGGAGCAUGUGGAACACCUGCGCACCGUUUUGGAGCGGCUACGACAAGCCAAGUACAAAGCCAACCGCGACAAGUGCGAAUUUGCGUGGCAGGAGCUGGAGUACUUGGGACAUUAUGUGACGCUGCAAGGCAUCCGUCCGCUUGCGGACAAGAUCGAGGCCCUACGAGUAUGGCCCGAGCCCACCAAAACGACGGACGUUCGUUCAUUCAUGGGAUUCGCGGGCUACUAUCAGCGAUUCAUCACCGGAUAUUCCAGGAUUGCUGCACCUAUGACGAGGUUACAGUCGCGCGAAAGGUGCCAUUCGUAUUCGAUGACGACGCACGCCGGUCAUUCCAAGCACUUAAGACGACUAUGCUCAUGGCACCCAUCCUUAGCAUCUAUGACCCCACCCUGACGACGSGAGUGACUACGGACGCUUCCGGCUAUGGCAUUGGGGCAGUCUUGGAACAACACGAUGGCGACGACUGGCACCCUGUGGAGUAUUUCAACCACAAAGUGCCUCCCAUCAACUCGCUUCAUGAUGAAAGGAAGAAGGAGCUGCUCGCAUUCGUCAUGGCUCUCAAGCGAUGGCGGCACUUCCUCCUUGGGCGUCUUAGGUUCACAUGGGUUACGGACAACAAUCCAUUGACCUACUACAAGACGCAGGAUACGCUAUCUUCGGAUCACCCGCCGGCCAGCCAUUAUCGCAUUGCCGACGGGUACUUGCUCCUCCACUCGAGAGGCAAGGACUUAUUGUGUGUCCCACGAAACCGUCGUCUUCGGACUCGCCUUCUCGGAGAGUUCCAUGACUCACGACUCGCCGGCCAUUUCGGAGUCAACCGCACUAUUGCACGGCUUCGACAACGAUUCCGAUGGCCCGACCUCAUUACCAAUGUCACUCGGUAUUGCGACUCUUGCGAAGUUUGCCGACGCAGCAAACCCCGCAACUGCAAUCCCUAUGGCGAGCUACGCCCGAUGCCUAUCCCACGGGAACCAAGUCUCUCCAUUGCCAUGGACGUCACCGGUCCAUUCCCUCGCGACCGGCUCGGGCACGACGGCAUCCUCAUUGUUGUGGACCGAUUGAGUAAGUACGCGCGUUUUCUUCCUUGCAAGUACUACUCCACGGCUCCCGAGCUGGCACGCCUCUUGCACACUGGUUGGAUUUGUGGCCACGGUGUACCAAAAGACAUAGUCAGCGACCGCGACACUCGCUUCAUGUCGGCAUUUUGGACUGCUCUCAUGCAAGAGUUCGGCACGAAGAUGAAACCAAGUUCGGCUCGGCCUCCACAGACGGACGGGCAAACAGAGCGGGCACAUCAAACCGCUCAAAUGAUGCUUCGUACGCUCAUCCGUCCGGACCAGCAAGAUUGGGUUGACCGCCUCCCUGACAUCGAGUUCGCCUACAACACUUCGGUGCACCCGGCGAUCGGCGUGACUCCAUUCGAGUUGCACCACGGUGGACGGAAAGGCCGKAUCUUCGCCGACCUUCUCCUCCCUCGACCAGCAGACAUUGACGCCGCUUGCUCUCCCGCUUCCGUCCGGAAGUACAGGGAAUUGCUGACUCAAGCCCGCGUGAACAUGCAAAAGGCUCAAGUCCGCAUGCAGCAGCAAGCCAACAGGCAUCACAUGCCAUGUCCCAUCCGCGCUGGUGAUCUGGUUUGGGUCUCCGCGGAAGAGUUUGCACUGGAACAUGAUGUUUCACGCAAACUGCUUCCUAAGUGGUUUGGACCAUGGUCUGUGACAUCAACCACGGACGAUGAGCCCGAUGACCCUUCAUUUGUGAUCAACAUUCCCGAGAAUCUCUCGGUCCAUCCAGUCUUUCACGCCUCGAAGCUGGCAACAUACACGCCAGCUAAGAGCGACGACUUUCCGGGCCGACGAUCGCAGGACCCUCCAUCUAUGGAUGGUCAUCAGGAGGUUGACCGCGUCAUCUCGGAUCGCAAGUACGGCAGCAAGCCGCGACAGUACAAAGUUACAUUCAGAGCAUGCGAUCCCGAUGACACUCGGUGGAUUUCAGGAGCAGAUUUGAAAGCAUCCGCACCGCUGAUCUACGCUCACUACGAGCGUCAAAGGUUAGCCAAGGGACCUCCACGACCUGCCCCUCCCACCCGGACUGUGGUCCCUCCCUUAGACAGACAGCUUUGCCCUCGCAGGUCAUUCGUUGUGACCACUGACGCAAGCAAAUAUGGCCUUGGCGUAGUGCUGACUCAACAGGAAGGGAACAAGUUGAGGUCGAUCGAGUACAUGAGCAGGAAGAUGCCAUCAGAGAAGUUGGCUACGUCCAUCUACGAAAGCGAACUCUACACCCUCUUCAAAGCACUUGUCCAUUGGAGACACUAUGUGUUGAGAAGGUUUUUCUACCUAAGAACUGACCAUCAGACACUCAAGUGGAUUAAGGCACAACCUGUCCUCUGUGACGCACUCAGGCGCUGGAUUGAAGUCAUAGACCAAUAUGACUUCAAGCUAGAUUACGUGAAUGGAGACUACAACAAGGUUGUUGAUGCGCUGUCACGUAGGGCAGACUGCCUGGGCAAAGUUUCUGGAAGAACAACAACGACACCGGGAAAAACCUCAAAUGGAGUCAUAGCCCACAAAGGCAUUGAUUUGAGAAAAGAACCCACCAGUGGGCGGUUGGGCAAGGAGUCCCAGGUUGAAAGGUCUGGGAACCUCAGCAUAGCGCCUGAGGUUGCACCAAAGGGCUCUCCAGUGCCUCCACGUAGUCAGGAGAACCCAAAAGACAGCAAAGGAACCAGAAAUGAGGAUGCGGCGAGGCAAGUGAGCAAGGAAAAAAACGAUCCUGGCAAGGUUCAAGAAGAUUCAGAGACUAGGAGAGACGCCAAAGACCUUCUAGACAUGGCGCGUGACAAAAGUUUGAACAGUGCAAAGGAUGGUCAGAAGCAGAAUGGUGGCCCAGAGCCGGUCGCCGCUGCAGAGGAGGGGCCAGCGGAGGGUUCAGGGUCGAACACGAGAGUGGCAUCACUGCAGCAAACAUCAAUGAAGAGAUGGCUGGACAACGAUGCACAUAAGGAGCUGGAUAUUGCCUGGGCGGAGGCGAUGUUCCGUGUUGGCAUUGCGUUUAACUUCCUGAAAUUUGACACGACGCAGAAGCUCCACGAAGUUUACUUGGAAGUGGUGAGUGCUCGACCGAAGUUCAAGCUGCCCUCGUACAACCAUAUGAGGACGGUGAUGCUCGACUUCAUAUACUUGCGAAUUCAAAAGCAAGUGCAUCCUCUGACAACCUGUUGGGAUGAAUCAGGCUGUACAUUCAUCACGGACGGGUCAUCCGACCGUCGAGAGCGCCCCGUCAUGAACUUCUUGGCAGCGGGGGAGAAGGGUGCAGUUCUGGUGGCCACAGUGUCAAUGACGGCAAGGAAGAAAACAGCGCAGGCGUUGGCAAAGUUGUGGGAGCAGAUCAUGAGGGAGAUAGGGGUGCAUCGCAUCAACGUGAUCUGCACUGACAAUGCCGAAGUGAACAAGAAGGCUUCUCAGAUUCUGGAGCGCCGCACUGACAAGGACAUUGCACGGAUUCCAUGGGUACCUUGCGCUGCGCAUUGUUGCAGCCUUUUGCUGCGAGACAUCAGCAAGCUAGACUGGGUGAAGAGCACUGUCAAAAGAGGCCACACGAUUGUGAAGUUCAUUCGGAACCACCACUCCACGAAUAGCCUGAUGAUGUCCAUGGACGAUUCCCUGACAUUGCUUUGUCCUACGAAAGUUCGGUUCGGGUCCGUUUACAUGAUGUUGGAGAGACUUCUGAACAGGAAGGCAGUGUUGUCAGAUAUGGUGGAUCGAAAAAAUGCAGCGCGGUGGACGGGGAUCCGUUGGUCCACUACGAAGUUGAAGUCGAAAGCGGACCUGGUUUACUUCACCAUGAGGAGAGAUGGAUGGUGGACGGAGUUGAAGAAGGUGGUGGAUGUCGUGGAACCGUUGUACAGCCUUCUCAGGAGGAUGGAUCGGGAUGGAACAUCGCCGACAAACCUUGUUGAAUACGACGACCUGAUUGAGAGGAAACUGACUCACGUCGUUCUCACUGAGGAGCAGCGGGCGAGCGUCAUGGACAAAGUGAGAGAUCGGGUGAAGAUGAUGCGGCAGCCAGUACAUGCACUGGCGUUUCUUCUGGACCCGCACAGGAGAAAUCCACGGUGGUUGUAUGAUCGGGACAGUACAAUUGUGCAGAACGCGAUGCAUUACCUGCCGAGACAGGUUGGAGGUCCUUGGAAAGGGCCAGACCACCUUGAGGUUUUGGGUGACCUGCACGAGUUUCACAAGGAGCCCACGCCGAACGGGCCCAAGAGAAAGGACAAGAAGAUGUGGGAGCCCAAUGCGAAGGUCGAUUGUGAGAAGCUCACACCGUCAGAGUGGUGGGCGACUUAUGGUGGCGAUGUCCCCGACUUGCAGGCCAUUGCCAUCAAAGUGAUGGGCAUGUGGAGUACAACAACCCCGGCUCAGAGGAAUUGGUCGUCCAUGGACUUCGUGCAUUCGAAAAGGAGGAACAGCUUGAAGCCCGAAACAUUGGAGAAGCUGGUGUACAUCCAUUGGAACAUGCAACUGCUGCGUGCUGCCAACAACAGCAGUGCCAACGGCGAGGGCUGCGUUGAUUUGUGGAGUUCGUUCUUCGAGGCUAUUCCGGAGCCAGAUGAGAACGAUGGAUCUGUCUUGAGGGGCCCUGAGGACGAAACUGAGAAGAUGGAUGAGGAGUUGGUGCGGCAGAGUAGCUUCGUGAAGACACCGAAGGGAAGGAUUCCAAAGAAGCUCGAGGACGAAGAGGAUGAGUGCACCGACGACAGUGACUUGGAGGAUGAGUUGUGGAAGGGGAAGUCUGGAUUGUCGGAUGAGGCGAGCGGCGUGGAUGAGGAGGAGGAUGAAAGUGAUUCCGAUUUUGAGCUGGGAGCCCAGCCAUCGGUCCUGGGCACUACUUAUGUUGGUAGGAGAGAACCUGCAGAGCGUCGGAGGGAGAAGCAGCCCACGGUCUCUACACACGCCCGGGUGGAAAGCUCCUCCCAUUACCAUCCUCAAUCCGACGUCGAGUUCGAUCACAUGGACACCGACGUCGAGUUGCUGCUGCAAAGUGGUCCGGUUGAUGAAGACGAGGCGGAGGCCGACCGUGCGAAGGCAUUGGCAGAUCRCGAUAGAGACRCCGUCCAAAAMCRGAUCAUGGAAGAGGAUGCCCGACGCAAAGCAGUCCCAACCCGGAGGGAGAUGGAGAGACGCAAGAASAAGGUUGGGGAGAAGGAACCGGAGACACGUCGGGCAUUGGACGCUGUGCAAGAGGGAGAUGAGGAAGUGCAACCGCAAAGUGGACCGGUUUUGAAGGUGGCGGACCAGCAAGAGGCGGAGCACCGCAAAGAGGCGGACCAGCAAGAGGCGGAGCACCGCAAAGAGGCGGAGGAGAAGGACCAGCAAGAGGACAACGACGACAUGGACCACCUACAAGAGACGGAGAAGGAGCACGGAAAGGAGGACGAGGAGAUGGAGCAUGAAGAGGACAAGGAGGGGAUGGAAAGUCAAGGAGUGGAGAAGGCCAUGGAACAGCAAGAAGACGCGGAGGGCAUGGAUCAACAGGACACGCAGCACAACGCGGAUGACAAGGACGGUGAAGAGGAGUACCAGCCUUCAGUGAAGGCUUUGUACAAGCGUAGGCAACGACCGGUUGUGUCCGAACAGUCUGUCGAGAACGCACCCGACUUCCCUCCGAGCAAUGAGGCUGUCCAACAUGACAACCUGUGGGUGAGCAGGGGGGGGAGGAAGAGGAAGGAACCGGUGGAAGAUGCUGCUGCGAAGCCUAAGCGUGCUCGUGGCAGGCCCCGCAAGCUGAAGACCGCUGAGCCCGUUACACUGCUGAGCACGGCGGAAGCAAAGUGGGUGAUUGGACUAAGCGCGAGCUGUGGGAUUGCUGCUGGCUUCACCAUCGAUCGCAUGACUGGACGAGGACGUGGCAGUAAAGCAGGAGGUCGCCGCGGACGGUGGUCCAACGACGGUCGUUAUUGGAUGGAGAACAUCGGAAGCGGGAGCGGCGGGCAGACUAACCCUGCCUCGUAUAAUGUGCCAGGUCCAGUCUACACGCCUGGUGUCAAUCAGCACCUUUUUCGGGUACCAUAUCAGCAGUCGAUCGCAACGCAGGCCGCCGCUCCUGUGCAACCAGUGAUGACCGCUAUGCCGGCUGCGCCGGUACAGUACCUGAUGGCACAGCACGGACCAAUUUCGCAACCAUGGGGCAUUCAACCAUGGCAGAUGCCUGGGCAGUGGCCGAUCAACGGGCAGUGGGGUGUUCCAUCCGCCAGUAUGCCGCCCCCUGCGAACCUUCCUCCCGUCAACCAAACUGCAUCACAUCAGGCAGUGUCGAGUGGUCUGACCAAUGCUCCAAACGGGAAUACUCAUAAAAGCCCGACGGCGAAUGAAUUUCUGGGACCAGGCAACAGAGCCUACUUUACGAAGGAAUACAUGGAUAUUCUUGAAGACAUUAAGAUUAACAAGGCUGUUGAGGAAGCGAAGAAGCGGCUAUCAGGGAAUCGUAGGAUCGGUAUACGCAUUGGCGACUCCGCAGGGAGUCGAUCGGACGUGCGUUCUGCCGAAAGAACGAAGUCAUAUAAUAAGACCGACGAGAUGAAAGCUUGGGUCACCACCACCUUCAGGAGCUCUCUCAAACUUAUAAUGGAGAAGCUUCAGGAAGUCGAUCAGAAGGAGAAAGCCGCGCUCGAGAAAGCUGCCACUGAGAAGGAGGCAGCAGAGAGUGAGGGGCGGGAAUUGUCGAGUAGUGAGAAGCGGAAACGGGUGGGUGAACGGAUGUCGGUUGGCAACUCACCGCGAAUUAAUCGAGUCAGAUCGCGUGGGAGCAAGACUAAACCACGGACGAAACGCAUUGAUGUAUCGUCUGACGACGAAGGUGACAAGGCUGGUAUUGUUAAGCAGAAUCUCCAAACAAAAAUGGAGACAAGCAACGAACUGGCUGACAUCAAGACCAUGUUGGUUGCACUGCUCCAAGGGCUGGCAGAUGCCAAAGGCAAAGCCCCCAUCAGUGAGCACAUACCAGCAUCUGCACCGGAAGACGAAGUGCUGGGAGAGCAUGAAGAUGUUGAUAUCGUCCAAAACGCAACCAACAAAGACGACGAAGAAGAGAGUGAUGAAGGCGGCCUCGCUGCCUACAUGAAGAUGAGGCAGGAAUUCUACAGCUCCCUGCACUACACGCGCGUCCAAGAGCUGUGUAAACAAAAAAGCAUCCCGUACUUCAAGAAGGAUCUGGGAGCAUGGGAAUUGGCGAAGAUUGACCUCCAAGAGUACACAGACAUGCUGAAGGGGGAGAGGCCAGCUAACGCUCCGGAACCCUCUUCACACAAGAUUGAAGCGCGGUCGACUGAAGGCGCUGAGAAGCCCUCCACGUCAGAGAAUCCCGUGCAGGGACAAACACAGUGGGUUCCAAAGACGACAAUCGCUGCUCCUAACCCCUUUUCAGGGGAUAAGAGGGGGGAAGACCUCGACACUUGGUUGAGGGCAGUGCCGGUCUAUGUCAAGUGUAAGUUGACCUUGCCGCACGGGGAAGUGCUUGUGGCUGCUUCCUAUCUAGAGGGAAGUGCAGCAAGAUGGUUGAGUGGGUUAGUGCAACUACAGGGAUACGGUCAUGACUUCUGCACUUGGGCAGCCAGCCAAAAGUUGGAUGACUUCCUCAAGCUGGUGGAGGAAAGGUGGCAUGAUCCUCAGGAGGCUCAAAAGGGCACUGACGCGAUCCUGACUUUGAGCACUCGUCCGUUUAAGUCAGUUAGGGAGGCCACAGACGUAGUAGAGCUUCUGAUCUGUGUCCCUGGGGUCCGCUAUGACCCCCAAGUCUUACUGAUGACUUACCUGAGGUGUCUGCCGAUGCCAAUCAGGAAUCAGUUGGCAGUUGAGGCUAGCAUCAAUGUGCACAACUUUCCAUCGUUCAGCAAGAAGGCCCUAGACCUAGAAGCGAAGAUAGGGCAUGGACAUAACCCAUCGACGGACGGUAGGAAAAAGACACUGCCUCCCAACUGGAAGGCGAAGGGGCGCAUUAUGUUUGUCGACAACGAUGGUUCAACCAUUGAGUUGGACGACGACACCCAGUUGGGAGUUGGUUUAGCGGCAGGCAGCGUAGAGGCUUCAGAGGGUGGAGUAGUCGCUACCGUAACACAACAAAAAGUCCGGAUCCCUGGUCAUCUUCGCACUUACCCUGUCUUUCACGCCUCCAAACUUGCACCUUUCAAGGAAACAGAUGAGUUUCCUUCUCGUCGCUCAAUGCUGCCCCCAACCAUGGAUGGAGAAGUGGACAUUGAUGACAUAGUGGAUCACAGGGAGCUGCCAGUUCCGAGAACCACAGGCAGGGAACGUCCUUCGAAGCCGAAGCUGCAGUACCGCGUUCGGUUCCGACAUCAUACUGAUCCAAAGGAGGACCGCUGGUUCACCCGUGAGGAACUCAUGCAGACCGCUCCUCAAGCCGUAGCACAUUACGAGAAAUCUUUGCAGAAGGGAAAGCGCCAGCGAGGCAAGGAUCUUACGAGUGGCAACAGUGCUGCCAGUCUCAGGAGUGCAGCCAGCAGUCGCAACGGCAAACCCAAGAAGGACGGCGAGAUGAACAGAGACGACAGGCCUGUCAAACUGGAGAUCAUGGUGGAAAUCGAAGAAGGACAACUAGGCCAGAUUGCAUUCCGUGAAGGUGACUCGCCUAGAGCCCUUGCAGAGAAGUUCUGCAAGAAGCAUGGACUUGACUCCAAUGUGAUUGAGCCACUGUCGGAGCACAUCAGGACAAGCAUCAACCAGAUUCAGUAAGUCUAUCUAACAUUCUCCCGUGGACCAUCUUCAAACCUCUGACGACUCUUAGUAUUGUGAAGGACCAGGAACGUAGCAUAUCACCAACU